AAUUCUGUUUUCAUCCAGACAUGCUGGUGUAUACACAGCAGAAGAAGUGGCCCUGAUUAUGCGUGAGAAGCUAAUCCGUUUGCAGUCUUUGUACAUUGAUCAGUUUAAACGACUUCAGCAUCUGCUCAAAGAGAAAAAGCGACGUUACUUACAUAAUCGCAAAGUGGAACAUGAAGCUCUAGGUAGUAGUCUUCUGACUGGCCCAGAGGGACUUUUGGCGAAAGAACGAGAGAACUUAAAGCGUUUAAAAUGUCUUAGGCGGUAUCGUCAGCGCUAUGGAGUGGAAGCCUUACUACAUAGGCAACUAAAGGAACGCAGAAUGUUGGCCACAGAUAGUGCUGCCCAACAGGCCCAUACCACUCGUUCCAGUCAGAGGUGCUUGGCCUUCGUGGAUGAUGUUCGUUGUUCCAAUCAAUCUCUUCCAAUGACCAGACAUUGUCUUACUCAGAAAGAUGCGACUGCCAUUGGUGACCUGUUAACUCUUUACUCUGGUCUAAUGGAGACAGCACUGGACUGAAAAGUGAAGGACCCAGACUCUAGUUAGCUUUGCCAACUUGGAAAUAUAGCCCUUUUCUGCUUUUACCCUUUACAGAAGUUGAUAGAGCUCCCGGAAUGUUUCUGGUGUAAUUCCUUUUUCACAGGCCCUCAUAAGCAAAAUUAUCCCUUUCUCUUUGGGAUCUUAAUAGAACGCCCCUACACUAACACCCCAACCAAUUCCCCUACCCAAAAGUAGGGGGAUGGCCAUUUGUUUUUAUUUCCUAUCAGAAUAAGAUGGCUAGUUACCAUUACUAGAACUUCUAUUUUCUCCCGUUCCUUGCUGCUUUAGGCAAAUUUGUCAUGUAAAUAUUGGAAACGAGUUGAAAAUCUUUGGCAGACUUUUUGCCAGCCUGCUUAACAGAGUGGAGACAACAUUAUCUCUCUUUGACACUUGGUGGAGGCCUCUGCAAGCUGUAUUUGCAAUUGCCAUGACAUGUUUCUUCUGAAUAGGUGUAAAUUCCUAAGAUUGUUGUUGCUCUUCGUUUAACAUUAUGUUUUCACACGUUUUGUGUUUGAUCCUCAUGAGGGAGAACAAGAUUAGUGUCUCUAGUUGAAAAGACUAGGAUCCUGAAAUGUAGAUUGGGGACUAAUUUUAAAUUACUGGUGGAGUUAUAAUUAGAUGCUAGUGAAUGUACUUAUUUUAAGAAGUAACUUUAAAAAUGGCUAACUACAUUUGGUUCUGUAUCAGAUGGAACCAAUUAUCUUGUGUGGUCCAGACCUUGAGGUUUCAUGGCAGACAACUCUUAUAUUUUGUACCUCCGAUCUAUCUAUUU